UCUCCAGUCAUCUGUGCGCGUGUCUGGCGGCGAUCUUCGCGCUCAGUAUACACGAGUUGGGAUCGUUUUGAGGAGGAAAUUUACAUGGGUUGUAUUUAAUAAAGGCAACGUAGAGAUUUACUCAGUCUGUGAAGAAGUCUUACCUGUAUCCUUAAACUAAGUGUUCUUGUAUCAUGCAGCAUCCACUGAAGAAGUGAUCAAAAGGACAAAGGUGUCAGAUUGUUGUCAUCAUACCAUGGCAGACAUGGGCUAUCUCCAUAACGAAUCAUGGACAAACAUGACUUUAGAUGCAUCUGCUUCAUCAUUCAGUGGACUGCAGCUCCUGAUGGACCUGAAGCCACUCUUCAUCCCUCUGUAUGCCAUACUUGUCCUGGUAGCGUGCUCUGGAAAUCUCCUCCUCCUCAUCCUCAUCGGACUGAACAAGAAACUUCACAGCACUACAAACUUCCUCAUCGGAAACCUGGCCCUGGUUGACCUGGUUAUGUGCCUGUUCUGCGUUCCCUUGACUGCGUUUUACGCCUUUGAUGAGCGCGGUUGGGUUUUUGGCCAGUUCAUGUGUCAUUUUGUUACUCUGAUGCAGACGGCGACUGUAUUUGCGGCAGUUCUUUCAUUAACCGCCAUUGCAGUGGACCGAUACGUUGUGGUUGCAUACCCAAUUCGCCGUCGCGGAGGUCGAUCCUUCUGCGCGUGGUUGGUAGUCAGCAUAUGGCUCUGUGCAUUAGCAAUGUCCACCCCAACCGCUCUGCACACGGUCUAUCUGGAUCUGAGCGCAACAGGACAUGAAAUGGUGGUUUGUGAGGAGUUCUGGCAGGGGCAGGAGCUCAGUCGUCUAAUAUAUUCAUGUUUCUUCUUGCUCCUUUCUUAUUUUGUUCCUCUAGCAGCAGUUUCGAUAUCCUACUGUGCAAUCUCCUGCCACCUGCAACACCAAGCUACACCUCGGCUCAUGGCUGCUACACCUUCCAACCAGGAAAAGUGGGGGCGCAAGAGGCGCAAGACAUUUCGACUCCUACUGGUGUCUGUUCUGUCAUUCGCGUUCUCCUGGCUUCCCUUGCAGGUGGUCAACCUCAUACGCGACCUGGACACCGACUUCGCCAUCCUGAGCAAGAAUCACGUCAAUGUGAUCCAGGUGUCAUGCCACUUGUUAGCCAUGAGCUCGGCUUGCUACAACCCCUUCAUUUAUGCUUCUCUGCACAACAAGUUUCUGUCAUAUCUAUGCCAGAAUAUAUUUCAAAGAAAACCUCAUCAUACUCAGAGCAGCCUCACAACCUCCAGUCGAAUACUUCGCUUGAAUACUUCUAGUACUCUAGCUGACAUUCCCAUGGCUAUUAGCAAGAUUUCACAAGACUGAAUCUUCUCUCCAACACACAAAUGUUGCUUCGUCAGGUUCUAGAACUGUACAGAUAAAUACUGUGCCAUGAUCAAAGCUGAUUCGUUAAACCAAUGACUCUUUUGUUAAAGGGUUAGUUCACCCAAAAAUUAAAAUUCUGUCAUCAAUUACUAACCCUCAUGUUGUUUUACGAAGCUACGAGAAUACUUUUUGUGCGCAAAGAAAACAAUAAUAACAUAAUUUAUUCAACAAUUCUUCUUCACGUGUUACCAUCUUCUGCCAUUUUGGAGAGUACCCCAGAAUGUAAUCAACGUAAUCAGCAUCGUUUACGUUCAGUAGAAAGCGCGUGGAAGACGGUAACUUGGGAAGAAACAUUUUGAAUAAAUUAUGUUAUUAUUGUUUUCUUUGCGCACAAAACGUAUUCUCGUAGCUUCGUGAAAUUACGUUGAA